AUGGCGACUCAAGCACCGCAGGUCCUGUCUCGCAGGACAAACGGGGCGGCUUCCGCCGCGGCAAAUGAGCAAAGCGAGGUUCGGAGCGCCACUCAUGAUGCGGAGUCGACAAAGGCCCCCAAGACCAAGACUCCUCAUGAAGGUGAAAAAGUCAUUAUCCGCCGCCUGCCUCCGGGAUUGACUGAGGCCGAAUUCCUCUCCAUCUUAGGCUCUGAAUGGGCAGUGGGCAAUGGCAAGGUUGAUUGGUCUUCUUACGCCCCAGGCAAGGUUUGCAAUGAGAUCUCAAAACCAUCACGGCCCUCUAGAGCAUACCUUCAUGUGAUGCGUAAGGACUAUAUCAUGCCGCUGAGCGAUAUCGUCCGAAAUGCGGCGUGGGAGGACGCCAGGUCCACCUUCAAUAGUCCUUCUCUUAUUGGACCUCCUGCUUUGGAAAUUUCCAUCUACAAAAAAGUCCCGGGGAAUAAAAAACGGGUUGAUGCUCGUCAGGGAACCAUCGAUCAAGACCCAGAGUUCAUGGCCUUUCUCGAAGGUCUCGCCAAUCCAGUGCAGCCAAAAGAGAUUACUGACAACGAAGAGGUCGAGGAUGCAGCCGAAACUAAAGUCACCACUACCCCAUUGAUUGAGUAUCUUAAGGAGAAGAAGGCAAAUAAGCAAAAGGAAGCUGCUUCUGCUAAAAGCGCUAAACACUCUAGAGAGGGCGCAGCAACUAAGGGAAAGUCUACGUCCAAGGAAGAAGAUGGCAUGAAAAAGAAGAGCAAAGAGAACAAGAGUUCCAAGUCUGAGAAAGCUGCUCCCAAGGAACCUGUUAAAAUUCUUACCAAGAAGGCUGCUGCUGCUGAACAAUCUGCCGAAGCCGCCAAACCAGCUGCGAGCCAGGCGGCUGCUGCAGAAGCACCAACCCCCAAGAGUCGCCGUGCCGGAGUCUCCAUCGCUGCCCGCAUGCUGCAGCGAGAUCUUGGUCUCAGUCCAGGUAGUGCCUAUCGGCGAGCCCGACAAGAUGCUGCUAAAGCCGAGUCUGGCUCUAAGGCGGCCACCACCGAAGAGAACAAGGAAUCAUCCGGGGCGGCAAAGGAGAAUCAGCAGCCCUCUGUACCAGUUCCAGCAGAAUCUACCAGUACCCAGGCGUCUGCUAAAGCUCAGCAAUCGACUAAUAGCUCUUCCAAGAGCCAGCAGCCGGCGCGUAAGACUCGCAGUGGUAAAAACGCUGAAAAGACCAAAGUAUCGGAAAAAUCUGGGCAGGGUGCAACCACUACUCCGCCAGUGAUCCUUAAGAAGAAGCCCGCUGCCAAUAAUGACGCAGAUUCACCCAAGGCUGCUGCUGAGGCCGCCUCUGCCACUCAACAAAACAGCUCCAAGUCCACGGCCAAUGCGGCAAACGGCCAAAAGGGCGGCUCUGCCAAAUCUUCAGCAUCGCAAAAGAAAUCUGUCGCGGCGUCAUCUUCCAACGCCACUCGUGGCUUUGUGAAGCACGCCAAUUCUUCUCAGGGCAUCACCGAACCUGUGUUGAAGCAAGCCUUGGAGGUAUUUGGUACCAUUACUUUUAUCGAGGUAGAUAAGCGCAAGGGCUUCGCGUACGUGGAUUUUGCAGACCAUUCCGGCCUUGCCAAGGCUAUUUCUGCCAGCCCCAUUUCCGUUGCACAGGGAACUGUUCAAGUUCUCGAGCGUAAGGAUAAGAAACCUGCACCGGCUUCAUCUGGUAGCGGCAAUGCUGCUGCCGCUGCCACCCCAUCCAGCGCCACAAGUAAUAAUGCUGCUCCUGAGAAGAGCUCAAGCAGCGGACGUGGAAGACGUGGAAGGGGUGGAAAAGGAGCUGCUAAUACUGACAGCAAUCAACCUGCUUCUACUAACAGUACUCCUAUUGCGGCAACGAACGGCGGCUGA